GUUUGAAUUUCAAAUCUCGAACGGCUCUUCGUCUCAGUACCAACACCACACUCCCCACUAAUCCCACAAAACAAAGCCAACCACGUCCCACGUUGGAGUCUGUUUUCUAAAAACACAGUCUUAGAUAGCCCAUUGAGGCACUGAGCUCUCUCUCUCUCUCUCUCUCUCUCUCUAGUUUUUCCAAAGAUUUGAGCUUCUGUUUUUGCUUCUUCUAAGAAGAAGAGGUUCUCACAAAAAUGGGUGCUUCAGGAAAAUGGGUGAAAUCCCUUAUAGGUUUCAAAAAACCCGACAAAGAUGACCAAGAAAAGCUGGGUGGGAAGAACAAGAAAUGGAAGCUAUGGAGGAAUUCGUCAGGGGAUUUUGGGUCUUCUUGGAAAGGAUUCAAAGGGAAUCACAGGGCUGCUUCUGAAGGGUCUGAUUCACCGAGAAGGGCUGAAGCCUACACUGCUGCAGUGGCUACAGUGGUUCGAGCUCAUCCUAGAGAUUUCAGAGUUGUCAGGCAAGAAUGGGCCGCUAUCAGAAUCCAAACCGCCUUCCGAGGCUUCCUGGCAAGAAGGGCUUUGAAGGCGUUGAGAGGAAUUGUGAGGCUUCAAGCUCUGGUUCGGGGAAGACAGGUGAGGAAGCAAGCGGCUGUAACACUGAGGUGCAUGCAAGCUCUCGUUCGAGUUCAGGCACGUGUCAGGGCUCGCCGCGUGCGAAUGUCCAUUGAAGGCCAAGCUGUGCAGAACAUGCUCAAUGAGCGCCGCACCCAAGCUGAUAUCUUAAAAGAAGCUGAGGAAGGGUGGUGUGAUAGCAAGGGAACAAUAGAUGAUGUUAAAGCAAAGAUUCAAAUGAGGCAAGAAGGAGCCUUUAAAAGGGAGAGAGCAAUCGCUUACUCUCUUGCUCAGAAGCAAUGGAGAUCAACGCCAGAUUCGAAUUCACGCAUCAAUUCUUCGGUGUACUCUCUCAAUAAGAACAAUGAAUUCGACAAGAAUAGCUGGGGUUGGAGUUGGUUAGAGCGCUGGAUGUCAGCUAAGCCAUGGGAGACUAGGUUGAUGGAACAAUCCAACAGUGACCCAUCUGAGAUCACACCUCUUCCAAAGAAAUGUCCAGAUCCUUUUGUUGGCAUUGGCAAACAUUCGAAAUCUUCAGAGCGACCAUGCUCAGUCAAAGUGAGAAGGAACAAUGUUACUACUAGGAUUUCUGCUAAGCCUCCCCACAUUGGGCAAGUGACUACUCGCUCAUCUUCAAGCCCGAGUUCAGAAUUUCAGUACGAUGACAGCCCUGGCUCAUCUUCACUUACAUCAACAACACCGGUUUCUGGAAACACCGGAUUGGCUUCGGAUAGAACAGAUGAGAGCAGUAACUUUAGGCCAAGUUAUAUGAACCUGACCGAGUCAACUAAGGCAAAGCAGAAAGCAGCAAGUUAUCAAUCUCACAGAACAAGGCAAUCCAUGGAUGAGUUUCAGUUUCUCAAGAGGUCUGGGGCUUUCUCUAAUGGGGAUUCCAAAAGUAGUGCUGGUUCUGAGCCUUCAUCAGUCAACUUCUCAAAGCCGCUUGGCAUGCCAACCCGCUUGGAUAAGAACUCUUUGAAACCAAGGUGAAAGGAGACACACUUGAUCAUGUGAUUAGCUGGACUUUGGUUGAGAAAGAUCAACGGCUUGUUGUUCCCUGUUCCCUAAAUGUGUAAGUUAGUGUGGUUGUGCUAGGAUAGUUUUUGUACCAGUAAAAGAUGAGUCCUUCAUAAUGGACCUUUGUGAUUUGAGGCUUCAUUUGUAAAAUAGUUGAUUUGUUGUUAUGACUUAUGAGAACACCGCUUCGUACUUA